AUGGAGAGAGCAGCAGCGGAGCCACACUUCGUGCUCGUUCCGUGGCAAGGAACCAUCAGCCACAUCAUCCCGAUGACCGACAUCGGCCGCCUCCUAGCCUGCCACGGCGCGGCGGUCACCAUCAUCACGACGCCCGCCAACGCGCCACUCGUGCAGAGCCGUGUGGAAGACCUCGCGACGCCGCCGCAUGGCGCGAUCACGGUCACCGCAAUCCCGUUCCCAGCGGCGGAGGCCGGCCUGCCUGACGGCUGCGAGAGGCUGGACCUCCUCCGGUCUCCCGGCGACGUGCCGCGCUUCUUCGCUGCCAACAAACAGUUCGGCGAGGCCGUGGCGCGCUACUGCCGCGGCAGCGAGGCGAUGCUGCGGCUGCGCCGACGACCGAGCUGCGUCGUCGCCGGGAUGUGCCACUCGUGGGCGCUCGGCCUGGGGCGCGAGCUCGGCGUGCCGUGCUACGUCUUCCACGGCUUCGGCGCGUUCGCGCUGCUCUGCAUCGAGUACCUCUACAAGCACAGGCCGCACGAGGCGGGUAUCACGUUCGCAGCUACCGCCGCAUUUCGCGCCAUCGACGACCAUGGGCUGUGGGACGAUGCAGGAGAUACGGAGUUCGACGUGGCCGUGGACGGCGUGGUCGUGAACAGCUUCGAUGAGCUGGAGCACGGCUCCUGCGCGCUUCUCGCGGAGGCGACCGGCAAAAAUGUCGUCGCCGUUGGCCCCGUUUCGCUGUUCCGGUCACCUCAUGUCGAUCCACAGGCCAUGACAGGCGAUGCCAGGCGGGUUAUGGAGUGGCUGGACACCAAGGAGUCCAAGUCCGUGGUGUACGUCAGCUUUGGCAGCGCCGGGUGCAUGCCACCGGCGCAGGUCAUGCAGCUAGGCAUGGCACUAGCAUCGUGCCGUUGGCCUGUGGUAUGGGUCGUCAAGGGCGCCGACUCCAUGCCCGACGACGUCAAGAAGUGGUUUCGUGAGAGCUUCGACAGCAACAAGUGCUUGGUAGUGCGAGGCUGGGCUCCCCAGGUCGCCAUCCUGGCUCACCGCGCCGUCGGCGGCUUCCUCACGCACUGUGGGUGGGGCUCGACUCUGGAGGCCAUUGCCGCCGGCAUGCCCGUGGCAACUUGGCCGCUUUUCGCCGAGCAGUUUCUCAAUGAGAGGCUUAUCGUGGACGUGCUUGGUGUUGGGGUAUCUGUAGGCGUGACAAAGCCAACGGAAAAUGUCCUCAGUGCUGGUAAGCUCAACGGAAGCAGAGCGGAUAUAGAGGUGGAGGUGGGUAUGGAACAAGUGAUGAAGACUUUGGAGAGGUUGAUGGAUGAGGGUGACGAAGGGGAGCAGAGGAGGAGGAAGGCUCAGGAGCUCAAGACGAAGGCAAAUAGAGCAUUAGAGAAGGGUGGGUCCUCCUACAUGAAUUUGGAGAAGCUAAUCCAAUCUUUGGUUUCAUGA